AUGGCGCAGGUUGCUUCCCUCCUCGCCUUCUGCGCUGACCUCGCAGCCCGCCUCCCUACUUCAACCGACAGCGCAGCCAUCGAGGCACUCUUCGACGACGUAACCAUCCACCUACGCACGGUGAAGGUGUUUUGGCAGAAGAGAUCACAGCAACAGCGGCCGGACGUGCGGGAAACCCAGACACUCCAUGAGCUAGAGUGCGAGGCGAUUUCUCUUUGGAAUCUCUGUACGAGACUGCGUCGCGAAGUCUCGGCCAACGAUGCGGCGUCGACGGCGACGAACAGUGCUGUGGGAGUUGAGGGGGAGAAGAAAAAGAAGAAGAGGUCUGACAUGGUGGCGGUGGAGGACUUGAUGUACUUGCUGAGACUGGCCCUCAAGGCUGCCAGGAGUUGUAUAGAGGGUGGGGGGCAGGAGCUGGAGUUGGCUUUGGGAUGCCUGCAGAAGGCUGUGGAUUAUAUUAGGGAGGUGAAAGAAGGGAAGUGCCCUAGGGAGUAUGAGGGGGAGUUCAGAGGGAUGGAGACUGAGUAUUUCGUGUUGAGGACGGUGCUGUCCUGGAAAGAAGAUCGACUUGACGUUGCCGAGCACAUGUACCGCAAGGCAGGAGACACCCUAAAAUCCCUCGACCCCCGCCACGCCGAGAAUCUCUGCGACGCCCUCUUCGAAAUAGGGCGCUCCCUCCUGCAAAAGGAAGAAUUCGAACUAGCAGCCAAGUGGCUCGAGCGGUCCUACAACGUCAUCGACGGCCAAGAUCUCGAAAACCUCUCCCGCUCGGGCAUCGAGCUGCGCCUAACCGUCCUACAGGCUCUCGUCCAGGCCCUCGUGAGCACGAACAAGCCCGAAGACCUACGCAAGGCGCGAGACAUGGUCAUGUAUGUAGAGGCUGAGGUCGGGGAUAACAAGCUCGUCGUGCUACUCCUGAGACUCGAGUUACUCAUGAGCGUUCCCGACGAGGAGUUUGAUGCGCUGGCGUAUGCGGACGUCUUGAGGCGGAUGGUGAAGAGUUUUGACUUUACGGAGGCGCAUUUUCGAUUCAUGAUGGCGCAGGUUAGGAGGCUUUAUGAGAGGAGUGCCGUGCUGGGGUGUAGUGUUGCUGAUGAGUUGAUUGUGGGGAGGGUGUUGGGGGCGGGGAAGGGGGCGUGGGUUGAUAAGGCUGUGGUGAUGAGGGUGUGGAUGGGGACGAGUCGCGCGGCUGCUUCGGAGGAUGUUGUUGAGCUGGGGGAUUUGCUGGAGAGGGUGCGAGAGGGGUUGGAGGUUCCUAUACAGCCGACUGCUGCGGCGACGGCGCAAUCGAAGCGAGUCGAGGCGUUGUUCGCGGAUGAGCAGUUGGAGAUGGUGGAUCAGUGGUGCCGCUUGGCGAUGCAUGAGGUUUUUCACCCGGCUGGCCCGCAAAACCUAGCCAAAGUUGCAAGAAAGCGCAUACUCUGCGCUCUGAUGCGCAACCAAUUCGAAAAUGCCAAGCAGCUAUACCUCGCCAUGCCCGAGCCCAUCCAAGGGGAGCCCAUGACGAGAUACCUCAUGUUCAAGGUCGCCAUCCGGAACGACGAUCGCGAGUUAGCAUCAGACUGCCUCGCGACCUUGAGCAAUCCCGGCCUCAGGUGCCACGAGUUUCUGUAUGCCUGCAUCCUCGACGCGCAAAGUGUUGGCAGCAGGUACUUUGCUGCAGAGGCGAUGAAAAGCCUGGUUGAGAACCAUAAUUUCGGGUCAACGAGCCCGGUGCAUCUUCCAGCGUUGAUUCGGUGCACUAUACGCUUGUUGGUUUUGGGGUUGGAUCCUGAGAGUGGGAGGGAGGUUGUGAGUGCGAUCAAGAAGGACCCCCGCGAUGAGAAAGAUCAUAAGCUCUUCACCGUACAAGAGCUAGACUGGUUCCACCAGAACGCUUACAACAUCGGCAUCCAACACUGCGAAACAUGGGAGAUGAAGCAUACCAUCCGGAUCUUCAACGCUUGCCUCUCCAUCAUGGGACACUACCCGCCCGACAUACCCCUCGAGAACGCCAAAGACCUCGCCCUCGAGGCCAUGUGUUGCCACUUCGUCGUGGCGGCGGCGCUCGUCUCCACCGCUCGGCGCGAGGACGUCCUCGAGGAGAAGCGCCGGCUGUACUCUUCCAUGCGUGAGCACGUCGCUCUCUUCGAGGCCGAGCUCGAGAAGGCGCGCAAGGAGGAUAUGAACGGCGCCGUUUAUGAGGACUUGAAGGCCAAGUUGGCGACCUUGCUCGUGUUUGAUUUCGAAGGGGCCGUGGAGGUGGGGCAGUGGGAUGAUUUAAGGGAAGUUGUGAGGAGCGGGGAAGGGUGUGGGGAUGCGGUUGCGUUUAAGGCUAUGGCGGAUUGUUUGUUGAGGGCAUCUGGGGUGCCGUCGCAAGCACUGUUCUCUACAAUGCGGGCUAUAAUUAACCAGCUCUGGGCGCUGGAGGGGUUGGGGGUUGAGAAGGUGGCCAAGUAUAUUCGGUGUCUUUUCCAGAUGGUGCUUCCGCUCCAGGGGAGUAUGGCUUUUCAGUUAGCAGAUGAGUCGUUACAGCUUGUGAGGGAAGCUCUGACUACGGACUCGAGAUUCCCGGACGAGGAGUUGGAAUGGCUGGCCACCAUGUCUUGGAACCAUGCCGUCGACCUGUAUUCCGUCGGCAAGGAUGAGGAAUGUAAGAAGUGGGCACUCAAGGCGAUUAAUCUCGCGCACUAUUGCGAGGACGAAGGGCGGCUGGAGAAGAAUCUACAAGAUAGGUUUGGCUCGUUGAAGUGGGAAGAGAACUGA